UCCCUCGCUCUUUGAAGAUGCAUGUUUCGGGCUGCGGGCUUGUCUGCUGGGUGUCCCUCAUCGCCUCAGCGUUGGCCACUCUGCACCCCGAAUGCGAGUAUAUCUUUCAGCUGGAGAGAGACGAGCACCGAUGUCUCAAAAUAAUAGCUGAGCAUGAAAACCAAACCACUGCAGGGUGUGUUCCUUCCUGGGACUCUGUGGUCUGCUGGCCGACUGCAGACAUCGGGGAGACAGUCACCACCACCUGUCCGCAGGUUUUCUCCCUGUUCGGGAACAGCACAGGCACCGUGAGCCGUAACUGCACCAGCGCCGGCUGGUCCAGGCCAUAUCCUCCGUACUACAUCGCCUGCAGUGUGGAGGAUGAAAUACCAGAGGCCCAGGAGUGGUACUUCGCCGCGGUGAGGACCGUUUAUACCGUUGGCUACGCCACUUCGCUGAUAUCUUUGGUGGUUGCCGUAGGGAUUCUCCUGUACUUCAGGAGACUUCGCUGCACGCGGAACUAUAUCCAUAUUCAGCUCUUCCUCACCUUCAUCCUGAAGGCCGGGGGGGUUUUCGUGAAGGACACCACCCUGUUUGCGAACCCUGAGACAGAUCACUGCACACUGUCCACCACGGCAUGCAAGGCCUCGGUCGUGCUCUGUCACUACUGUGUCAUGGCCAACUUCUUCUGGCUCCUGGUGGAGGCGCUCUACCUCAACCUGCUGCUGUUGUGGGCUCGGCCCCCUGUGGGUGGACGCCUUUUGUGGUGGUUCGCACUCCUCGGCUGGGGUGUUCCUAUAGUGUUUAUGGCCAUAUGGGUUGUGUCCAGGUUAUUCUUCGAAGACACAGAGUGCUGGGACAUUAACGAGGACUCCCCCUACUGGUGGAUUAUAAAGGGACCAAUUGUGAUGUCCAUUGGUGUGAAUUUCAUUCUGUUCGUGAACAUCAUCCGAAUCCUGAUGCAGAAGCUGAAUCCUCGUCUGACUCAGUUCAAUAACUCCUCACAAUACAGACGCCUGACCAAGUCUACCCUUCUGCUCAUCCCCUUGUUUGGGACCCACUACAUGGUGUUCAGCUUCUUGCCGGACUCCGUGCACGUCAGGACGCGGCUCUGUCUCGAGCUGUGCCUGGGCUCUUUCCAGGGCUUCAUUGUCGCUGUGCUCUACUGCUUUCUCAAUAAAGAGGUGCAGACGGAGGUGAGAGUGAGGUGGCUUCGCUGGCAGGACAGCAGCUAUGGAGCGGUGCCAGCCGGUGCCCGGGGCAGCCAGAUGGAUACCCCGUUCUGAUAUGUCGACACGCUGGCCCCGCCCACUGCCCCGCCCAGUCACCGCAACGCUAUUGGCUGCAGCUUCUCCUCUAACCCUCCAUAAUGGUUUUAUUCCAUUGCUGAUAUGCUUAAUGAGCGGUUUGGUUUAUGGCCAGUGGUCCCCCAAAGGAACGACGGCAGUGCUGUAGUCUGCAGCCUAGGGUCACUGCUGAUCUCUUGCUGCCGUGGUGGAGGUGUGGCAUACCUGCUCUUUCGCUUUGAAUUUUCUGCUCCAAGUUGAUCCCUUCACAGGGCUUUCAGUACAGUUAACAAGUCUCAUGUCAGGAGGAUCUGUUGCAUCACACACUCCCCAGAAAGGGUCCUGCCUUGCAAUUACUUUGGCUGGGCUAGGACCUGUUUGCACCCAGCUUACGCCCCUUCCAUCCCACUGUACACGUUUGUGCGUCACAUGGCAUGUCACAUGUAUGUCGUGUGCAAGACAUCCGUGAAGUUACAAUCAGAUGAAUGGCGAGUCAAGGAAGUUCAGCCUUCUACUAUGGGUCGUAUGUUUGUGAAUAUCCUGUUUACUUUUUACUGUAUCAUUUCUGUAUGCAUGAAUUUUACAAAUAACAGUUUACCGGUAACCUGAAGUAAAACCAAGAACAGGAUGAGUGAAAAAGUAAAAUGAAAAU